AUGAUAGACUUGUAUGAGCGCUUGUGCCGUGCCGACGUCGCCGUCGGUACAGUCAGCGAUAGUGGAGGGCGAGCGCGUACAAGUAUUGCUUGGGAGCAUUUUGAGAUAAAAGACCGACUUCGGUCUAUAGCAACAUGCAACCAUUGUCACGAAAACUUUUCGUAUAGAACUACUGCGGGCAAUUUGACGAAACACCUUCGAGUGAAACAUGGAUUUGUGAAAGAAGACGAGAUAAAUGAGAACGCAGAUGCCGCCGAUGACAAAAUAGAUCCUAAAAAGGCAUUAAAAGGCGAACUGUGGCAACACUAUGAAAUAAAAGAUGAAUUUCUCAAAUUGGCAACAUGCAAUUUAUGCCACGAACCGUUUUCAUACCAAAGUUGUUCAGUAUUGGUAAAACACUUGCAGAAGCAACAUGACAUUGAAUGCUUGGUUAGCUCUGAUGAAGAACAGAGCGAUGAGGACUCGAAUGAAGAAGAACAUGAUGCAAGCCAAAACGGAACACGUGACGAAGAAAGACGUCGCAAAUCGAGCAAGGCAUGGGAAUUUUUCGAAAUAAAGGACCCGCGCAAAAAAAUCGCCGCAUGCACCGUUUGUGGGGCGAAGUGCUCUUAUAGAGCUUCUGUUAGUAAUUUAACGAAACAUGUACGAACGCAGCAUGGGUCGGAACCUUUUAGGAGUAGCAGCGUGGAUAAGUCCGAUGGAGAACAGGAAGCUAGUGAUGUGGAAGAGAAUAAAGAUGCUAAAAAGGCGUUAAAAGGCGAACUAUGGCAACACUAUGAAAUAAAAGAUGAAUUUUUCAAAUUGGCAACAUGCAAUUUAUGUAACGAACCAUUUUCAUACCAAACUUGUUCAGGAUUGGUAAAACACUUGCAGAAAAAACAUGACAUUGAAUGCUUGGUUAGCUCUGAUGAAGAACAGAGUGAUGAGGACACGGAUGAAGAAGAACGUGAUGCAAGCCAAAACGGAACAAAUGAUAAUGAAGACAGACGUCGGAAUAGACCGAGCAAGGCAUGGGAAUUUUUCGAAAUAAAGGACUCGCGCAAAAAAAUCGCCGCAUGCACCGUUUGUGGGGCGACGUGCUCUUAUAGAGCGUCUGUUAGUAAUUUAACGAAACAUGUACGAACGCAGCAUGGGUCAGGACCUUUUAGGAGUAGCAGCGUGGAAAAGUCCGAUGGAGAACAGGAAGCUAGUGAUGUGGAACAGAAUAA